GAAACACAAAUUAUAUAAUAUAUGGCUGUUUGAUGAGCUUUGCUUAUUUGUUUCUAGUCUAAACAAGCUUACCCUUUUUUCCUCAGAUCAUCUGGUUGCAUGAAUUCCGAACAUUUGAGGACACGCGCAACGUCAUUAACCUUACUGCCCAGACAAUAGACGUCAACCUGAUCAAGAUGCUCUGGACAUACUGCGCCUGGGACGAGACACUAGUUGUUGGAAGCCGUGAAUAUAAAGAUAUAAUUGAAAAAACACUGGGGCUGAAGUGUUUGUAUGAUGAUGCCGUGACAGAGGUGAUGUGGGGUGUGCAGAAUCUCAUGCAUAUUUUAGUACCUCAAGAACAGUCUAAGAUGACUAUGGAUGACAGGCUUCCCAUGAGCCUAGGAUUGAAUAUGGUCUUAAAUCGUCACAAAAUUUAUAUCAAGCAAGAGAUGCUUAAUGAAUGUAUUAUUAAGAAGACUUCAAAGGUGUAUGCUACUGAUUUACGUGAAAAAGCACAUGUGAAGUUCUUGCAUAAAAUGUUUGAUGAGGAUUUUAAGGUGUUCUCUAAGGUUGAUACCAAGCUCUGGAAUUUAUUCAAACUUGCAACAGCUUUGAAGAUAAUGUUUGAUCCUCAUGGAAUACUUAAAUAUGGUAACCCACACAAGAUGUUCUCGCAUGAUGAGCUCACAACGAUUAGGCGUGAUGCACAUCUAUAUCAACAGAAGUUAGAUAAGGACCUUGUCUUGGCAGUCUAUGAUAACUCUGUUACUCUUCGCGAGGGCAAGGCAGAAUUGCUGUACGAAUUGCGCACCUUGGUUCAGGAGGCUAAAGCAGCACUGGAAACUGAAGAAGUGGAGAAGAAGCCUGCAACAAAUGGUGUUGACUCCAGGAGGAAAGUUGGCGCAACAUUUUUACAGGGAUCUGACAGUACCCAACCAAAGUAGCAUUGUUGAGGUGUAACACUGUUGUGUCACAGGUGAAUCUCAGCUCUUAUUUACGUCAUCUUGGUAAAGACAUUGUAUUUUGGCUUAUUGUAUUUUUAAUUGUUUUAUCGUUCUCAAUUCAUAUCUGAAGAUCAACAAGUUCAGAACAUGUAAUUAGUGAAGAAAAAAAUUAA